CCCACCGGCCGACCAUCAAUCCUCCGCCGACACACCACGGUCCUAUGCUUCAUUUCUUGACUGUCACUAAAAUCUAGACUGGGCCCGCUUGCCGUCGACCCUUUACGAUCAAUUUUAAUGUCUUCUUGACGACUCCGAUCCCCAAUCCGCGUUUGUUUACAUCGCCAUGGCUGCGACCGGCGCGAGGGCGCAGAAGCCCGUUGGCUCUGCAGCGUGGAUCUCAUCCGAAAAGGAAAACUGUAUGCAGCUUGUGGACCAGGAAAUGGAAGAGGUCGAAUAUCCUGUGCGCCAUGAGAUGGAUUGGUUGAAUGAGCAUAUGGCCGAGAUCUUCUCUACCAACCAGUUUAACUUCACCGAUGCGUUCAAGACCCCAGGGAAAUUGCGCGGCAAGACCCCGCGGACUGCGCGAAAGCGCGAUGCGACCGAGCCUCGUGUGCCUUUGAGUGAGAUCUUCUCCUCUGCACACAAUAGCAAAACAGAGAACAAACUCGAAAGCAAGCAUGACAGCAAACCCCCCGCAAGCCCGGCAGUUCAACGCUCGCCCGCCAAGGCACCCGUUGCGCCCCCUGCAGCACCAACCCCCGUGACAGAACCUAAAACUACCACUACCAAUGAAGCAGCUCAACCCGCAUAUCCUGACUUGAGCAAGAACCUCAAUUCUUUCCCGGAGUACAAUACCGACUCCGGCUAUCAUGGCAUGCCCGAGGGAGAAGAAAUGGAGGAGGAUGAGGAAGACGAUGUUGUCUUGACACAAGUACAGCCCGAAUCCCAAACAUCGACACAACCGAUGGAGACCGAGCCCAUUGCUACGGAAGAACAUACCCAACUACCAGAAGAGCGCCGCAUGACAGCAAACUCCUUCCACUCCGCCCAAGAGAAUGUACGCCACCGAGGCGAAACAGUUGAACCCGAGCAGGUCGAACCAACACCGAGCCGAAACGCGCCCUCUCAUUCGCAGCCUCAAACAGAGCCAAAGGAACAAGAGUCCGCUGUCACGCCAGCACCUGAGCUUGAGGAGAAGCCCGAGACGGAAGCCGUGAGAGAGCCUGAAGAUGAGCCCGAGCCUGAGACUGAAGUUCAGGCCGAACCCGAGGCUAGGCCCGAAGUUCAGCAACCUGAGGCAGAGGAAGAGCCUGCCAAAGCCGUGGAGCCGAGCUCACCUGCCAAGACUCCCGCCGCACCUGCUGCCGAGCCUGUCCAGGAAGGGAAGGAGGAUGCUAAGGAUGAAAUGGCUCUCGAUAUUGACGAUAUCGGUUCUCCCUCGGACGUUUCACCUCCGGCACGCCCCCCCAUUCGCAAGAGUAGUCUUUCGUUCGCGUCGCUUCCUGCACGCGAGCCAUUGACCAAGAAGAGUCUGGGAGGUUCAAGACUGUCUCGCACAAGCCAUCUGGAGAUCUCUAAACUUAGCAACACCGGGAGCUAUCUUGGUAGGCAGACUGGAGGACACAGAACGACACAGUCUGGCAUGGAGGAUGACACCACACAUAACGAUAAGAUGGAUAUCGACGACAAUAAGGAUUUAACCGAUGACGGAGAAUCGGAUGUUGAUACGAAAGCCAGCAAGGUCCAUACCAAGUCCUCGACUCAAAGGCUGCAUGAGAAGAUCAGCAUGCUGGGUAAACUGCAGCCAUCGCGACCAACCAAGUCCAUCCCUGCAGUCUCUCGUUUAUCAACCGCGCAGGUCACUUAUCCCGACUUGCCCAUCUCCAAGCCCGAGACGAGACCAGAGGUUCCUAGCCAGAAGCCCCGUGAUGCGCCAACUGCGGAGCCUAUGCAGAUUGACGACGACUGGAUCAAGCCAAUGAACUCGCCCUAUCGGUCGAACACACAGGCACACCAACGAACUGACAGCAAAGACACCAAGUUGUCGGGAGCUAGGAUUCUGCGGGCUGCUGAGGACGAUCGUUCUUCUGCUAUAGACAAUACGAGAAGUGCGACAGGAACAACAACUACCGCAAAGCGCACUUCGGACGUGGGCCGCGGAAAGUCGACAACGCCUCUUUACUCCUCCCCACAACGUCCUGGUCAUCAAAAGAGCGCGUCGGCUCAUAUUGACUCCCAGUUGUCGACGACACCUGUUGGCUCUCCUGCGCCGGAACGAUGGGAUGGACCCUUGAGUGCGUCAAAGUCAAGACUCCAGUCCAUCGUGCAAUCUGCGAAGGGCCUGUUCACGAAUACCGGAGGCGUAGCGGCUGCGGCUCGAAAAGAAGCGUCCUCACCAGAACAACCACGCUUGCGGCCGAGUGGUCGUCCCAUUAGCGAGUUGAUGGAUAAGCCGCAGCGACCACAGUCUGCCCAUAUUCUCAGCCCCCCACGCCAGGAAGGGCGUAGAACCCGCAGCUCUACCGAGAGAGAAGAGAAGCGUAGGCAGAUGGAGCUCGAGAAACGUGAACGGCAAGAGGAACACGAGUCUCGGGCAACUUCCGAGGCCCCUGCUGCACCAACAUCCCAGAGAUUGCCCAAACUGCAAAAGUCAUCCAAGGAAACAGAGUUUGCAACGGAAACCGAAUCCAAGCCCGCCGCCCCAUCGUCUAUCCCGCAGCAACAGCAAGCAAAGGGUCGUCCUGUCAAACCCACUCGCGAAACACUCCAGAAGCCCAGACCUCAGCCUGUCUCCAUUCGUGUGGGCAGUGCUCUUUCUCGGCCCAUAACGCUGGGAUCGUCAACCAUGUCUUCUGGCAUGCGGGAGUCCAGUGUCCCCGCUCCGACACCGGGUUCUGCGGUGAAGCCACCUACCCUGAAGAAGAAGGCGAGCAACUCCUCACUACACACUGCAUCUUCUAAUAGCAGCUUCAAGAGUUCUAUGUCUACUCAGUCACAGCGCAAGGCUCAACUUGCAAGUGAGAGAAAGCGUGAACAGGAGGAACGCGAGGCCAGGCGUCGAGAGGAGCAGCGCCGUGAGCUUGAACGGAAACGAGCGGCCCAGCAGCAAGAGGAAGCUCGUCGCCAGGACAUGCGCAGUCGCGCAGAGGCCGAACGACGCGAGCGAAUUGUUGCUGAAGACCCUAAGAAAGCCGCUCAACUUCAGGCAAUCGAGAAGCGGAGACUUGAGAGCCAACGGAGGCUGGAGAGGCAAGGAAGCCAACAGCCUGAAACCCAUCCGGAGAGGUCGGCCUCCCAGGCUGCUCAGCGGAGUGAGCUGGGAACCAUGAGACCAGCUUCUCGUCUCGGAUCCAUCCAGCCUUUCCAUCGCUCCGUCAACCAACCUCAGCCUAACCCGGCCAAGCCUCCUAAGAGAGGCCUGGACGAGGAGGCUAACCAGCGGCCUACGGCGUUGAAGACGGGCACGGUGCAACCGGCAGGCGAGUCUAAGCGCAGAAGGACAGAAGACGAACAGAAUCGCAUGUCCUCGAUGCGCCCUACAAUGGCUCCGCCAAUCCGCCAGUCCAACAUCCGCAAGGAGCCCAAGAAACCUUCAUUCUACAGCCAACCACCAACCUCGAUUCUGAAGACUGGACAAACGCAAAGACCUGCGCAUCCUAUGGACAUGUCCAAAUAUGCCAGUGGCAAAAUCCCGUUCGCAGAACCGCCGAUGGCACCGCCCGCUGCGCAUCGGACGCCCGCUGCCAGCUCAUCGCAAAAGCACCCAGUCAAAGAGUCGCCCAGCUAUCCCAAUGGCGAGAACAUCAACCUGCCGGAGAUUGCCACGGACAGCGAAGACGAGGACUCGGACGCCGAGAUGCUCCCUGUGCCCAAAUGGGCCCAGCCGAAAGAGUUGGAGUCGCUACUGCGACAACAGGAGGGCAUGGAGGCGGACUCUAUUUUUGGCCCUAUUGCCCCAUUCUCCCUGGAGGAGACGUUUAAGGGGGACAAGAAGAUCAAGAAAUUCCGCGAGCGCACCAGUAGUGCCCAUUGGUCUGGCCCCGACGGACUUACGCAAGAUGAGAUCCGACGCGAUUUGGCCGAGCGUCAACGCUUGCGUCUCAAUGGUGGCUGGACCUUUAAUUAA